AUGGAUAUUGGCAAUGAUGUAGAUUUAUCCAAUAACAACAUCAUGCCUUUGUGGAAACGACGCACCGACAACAGCAAGAGCUCCCAGGACUCAAAUAAAUCUAAACCGCGACCUCUGAGUUACCACAUUAAUGGGGUCACAUCUAUGAGCUUCCCUGUGGAGGACAGCAAAUGUUCCUUCACUUUGAGCCAGCCUGCUGAGAGGCUGGUGGUGACACCUCAGUGUUUGGACAGGAACACUGUGGUGUUAAAACACGUUCUACACAAACCCACGAGGAAAAACAGAGUCGUGAGGAGCAUCAGCAUCGGCCAGCUCACCAACAGACGCUUCUCGCUUUCCAAAUUUAGGUCUGAGGAUAAUAGAUCUGCUUCACUGGAUAACAGAGUGAAAAAUGGAGACUGUGGCCACAGGAAGACCAGUUACGGACAAUCCAUAUGGCCUGAAAAGCAUCCCCAGGACAUUCAGAGACACUCAUCUAAUUUCCUUAGCGUAAGCUCACAGGAAGACCAGAUAGCGUUUGGGCCGGAUUCAGACUUACCUGAUGUUGGUUCCCUUAGCUGUUCCUCACCCACCCUCUCUCCACAGACUCCUAACAAUAACCAUUGCGAAUUGUCCCCCCUUUCAUCGAUAUCCAGCUCCUCUCCCUUAUCGCAAUCCACCCUCACCCCUUCCCACAGCUCCUCCUCCAGCAUCCCUUCUUUCUCGUCCUUAACUUCUUCCGACCCUCCGACGCCUCGCUCCCCAUCACCGGCGGACUCGGAGCAAGCCCUGCUCGGGACGUCUCAGACACCCUCAAAGGCCACCCCACACGUCUCUUCCCCUGCCUCCGUUCCCUCCAUUUCUCCCUCACCGUCACUUUCUCCGUCUUCCCCAGUAGUCCUCAGCACCAACAGUCCCGCCGCCCUGAAGAUGGGCACCCAGCAGCUCAUUCCCAAAGGGUUGGUGUCUGAUACCCGUCAGAGCAGGGCACCUCCCUCGGGGGCACAAAUCCAAGGUUCUACGGGGCUGUUGGGGUUGGAGAACUCAAAACGAGCACUUAAAGCCCUUAGCAUGGUGGAAACAGGAGCCUACUUCUCUACUGGAGUGGGCCAAGCUGCAGAUGGAGAAUCUGAGAGCCCGGGGACAUUGAGGAGGGGUUUGAGGAGUACGUCUUACCGGAGGGCAGUUGUCAGUGGAGUUGAAAUGGACGCUCAGUCGGCCGACCCGAAGAAUCAUCGGCUGUCCCAGCCCGUCAUCAGAGGGCUCGCUUCAGAUAAUCCGUCUACACCCGGUACCCCGACAAACCCUGGCAACAAAAUCCUCACUGGUCCUGGAAAAGGCAAGACUACGAGCCCUGGGACGCCAAAAACUGUCAGCCCCAGGACUCCAAAGGCUUCCAGCCCCGGGUUGGAGAUAUUUAAAAGCAACACAAAAAAUAAGAGUCCAGACAAGAAAGUUUUGACCGCUCAGCGGACCUUUGACAGUGAGGAGGAGGAGCUGUAUCAGAAUUACCAAGAGAAGGCCCUACAUAACGACUCCGAUGAGGAUGCCGAAUCAAGGGAAGCCAAACCUGAUAAUCACAUCGUGGUACAGUACAGACCCAUACGUAUCUCCUGGAGCCAGCUCAGUGUGGUAAAGAAAAGUGGUUUGUCUGACUUGAUGAGUCAGGAAGAACGCAAAAAGCAAGAGGCCAUUUUUGAGGUCAUCUCCUCAGAGCACUCCUACCUUCACAGUCUGGAGAUCCUGAUCCGGAUGUUCAAAAACUCCACAGAGCUCAGAGGGACCAUGACCAAGACCGAACACCACCAUCUCUUUUCCAACAUCACAGAUGUCUGCGAAGCCAGCAAAAAGUUCUUUAAGGAACUGGAGGAAAGACACCAUCAGAGCGUCGUCAUCGACGACAUCAGCGACAUUGUUUUCAAGCACGCUCAGUCCAAUUUCGAUCCUUAUAUCACAUACUGCUCCAAUGAGGUCUACCAGCAGAGAACCCUGCAAAAGCUGGUGUCAAAUAAUCCAGCCUUUAAGGAUGUACUGACAAGAAUAGAGGGCCACCCAGAAUGCAGGAGCCUCCCCAUGAUCUCCUUCCUCAUCCUGCCAAUGCAGAGGAUCACCCGCCUGCCUCUGCUCAUGGAUACUAUUUGCCAGAAGAUGCCCAAAGACUCAGCACAAUAUGAACAGUGCAAGAAGGGUUUGCAAGCAGUCAGCAAGGUGGUCCGGAAGUGUAAUGAAGGAGCUCGCAGAAUGGAGAGAACAGAAAUGAUGUUCACCAUCAACUUACAGCUGGAAUUCAAGAUCAAGCCUUUCCCGCUGGUUUCAUCUUCGAGAUGGAUGGUGAAAAGAGGCGAGCUGACGGCUUUUGUGGAGGACAGCGGGCUCUUCCUGAAGCGGACGUCGAGACAGCAGGUCUAUUUCUUCCUCUUCAAUGACGUGUUCAUCGUAACCAGGAAGAAGAGCGAGGACAGUUACACGGUGAUCGACUACGCUCUGAGGGAUCAGAUCUGGGUGGAUACCCGCCAGCCCGAGGAUCUCACCCUGUCACCCGUCAAAACCACAACCAGCAUGCUAAGCUCACGACAGGCCAGCGCCAACCAUCUCUUCCGACUGUGUUUCCGUAGCAACCACUCCGGUGAAAAGGUGCAGAUGAUCCUUGGAACAGAGCUACUGAAUGAGUGUGCUCGAUGGAUCAGUGCUCUGGGUCAGAAUGUAAACAACAAGAAGAGUCCCGACAGAGCAGACAUUGUCCAGCUGGAGGUGAUCAGAACUUACACGGCGAAGCAGCCUGAUGAGCUUUCUCUGCAGGUGGCCGAUGUGGUGCUGGUCUCACAGUUUGUAGAAGACGGUUGGUAUGAAGGCGAGCGACUCCGUGACGGCGAGAGCGGAUGGUUCCCCGCCGAGUGCACCGAGCGAAUCACGUGCAGGGCCACCAUUGAACGCAACAUGCAGAGGAUGAAUCGCCUGCAGGGACUGGAGACCAACGUGUGA